AUCAUACAGAGAGGGGGAGGGAGGAGAGGCUGGCAGAGUCACAGAGGGGAAGGCUGCAAGCUGGCUGGAGGAGCAGGGACUGGAAUACAGACAGAGGAGAGGGUGCAUAGUGUCCAAGGGACCGGGCUCUGCAGCCCUGAAGGAAACGCGCUCUGCACAUGCUCUGCAGAAGAGAGAGAUCACUGCAGAGCCAAGUGGCCGAUGUGCUGUCACUCAGUGGACGCAGACACAGAAUGACUGACAGACGGGAAAACAGCUGAGAAACCUGUUCUUAGGAGUGGGACCCGGCGCUGCUGAUUGCAUAGUGCUGUGUGUGCUGGAUGCGGGCUCUCUGGGGGGCGAGGAUACAGGAAAGAAGGGGGAUGCUUCACUGCAUGACACCCUGUGCCCCACUAGCCAACUAGGGCUGCUUUAUAUGCUGCCUCUGCACUUAUAGGGGGGCUCUGUCAUCCUGCUCAUCGUCCCUGGAAGAGGACAAGGGGGUGGAGGAGAGUGUCUCUAACUUGCUAGAUACGUGGAUUUGGUGCUUAUCCAGUGGAUUAUGGCUCCCAGCCGGAAAGGAUCCUACUGCUGCUGCUUGUGGUGGCCUCUAACCAUCAGUCUGGUGGCUUCAGUCCUACAAGGUGUUCAUUCCCAAAUAGUCCUCGUAAAUGACACCGUUUCAGGAUACGUCGGUACAGAUGUUAUACUUCAUUGUAACUUCAUCAAUCCUCUACCCAAUGUCAAGAUCACUCAGGUCACAUGGCAAAAAUCUACAAACGGAACUAAGCAAAAUGUGGCUAUUUUCAACCCUGCCAUGGGGGUGUCUAUUCUCCCUCCAUACAAAGAGCGUGUGGUAUUCCAGAACCCCUCAAUCCGUGAUGGGACCAUCCAGAUGAAUCGCCUGCAGCUAGAUGACGAGGGCGCCUACAUCUGUGAAUUCGCUACCUUCCCUACAGGGAACCGUGAGAGCCAACUGAACCUCACUGUACUUGCAAAACCUACCAAUCAAAUGGAGGAGACUUCAAAGCAAUUGGUUGCAUUUCCAGUGUCAAAGGACAAGGUGGUUGUUGCUACAUGUGUUUCCGCGAAUGGGAAACCCCCAAGCACCAUAACCUGGGAGACCAAGUUAAAAGGGGAGGCGGAGUUUCAAGAAAUAAAGAAUGAAAAUGGCACAGUGACCGUGAUCAGUCGCUACAAACUUGUGCCAACCCGGGAGGCUCACAAACAGCCUCUUACCUGCGUCAUAAAUUACCAGACGGAGAGAGUCACAAAAAGCAUCAUGCUUAGUGUACAAUAUGAGCCCCAAGUCUCCAUUGAAGGUUUUGAUGGGAACUGGUACGUGAAGCGUUCCGAGGUGAAAUUGUUGUGCAGAGCAGAUGCUAAUCCACCUCCAUUCUCAUACCAGUGGCGAAUGACAAAUGGCUCCCUCCCAGACAGUGCAGAGAUAAAUAAUAACACCUUGUAUUUCCGGGGGUCGGUCACCUACAGUCUCUCUGGAACAUACGUUUGUGAAGCCAGGAACUCGAUUGGAAGCCAGACCGGUCAGGUGGAGGUUAAUGUUACAGAAUUCCCUUUCACCCCGACUCCUACAGAACAGACGGACAAGAGAGAACCCCCCAUGUUCUCAGCUGCCAUCAUUGGAGGUGCAGUGGGCGGAGCAGUUCUAGUUUUAGCAGUUUCGGUGAUCCUCUUUGUUUUGCUUCGGAGAAGACAUCAAACCUUCAAGGGCGACUACAACACCAAGAAGCACGUUUAUGGAAAUGGGUACAGUAAGGCAGGCGUGGCACAGCACCCUCCUAUGGCGCAGAGUUUGCAGUAUCCAGAGGAUUCUGACGACGAAAAGAAACCAGGCCCGGUCGGAAGCAGCAGCUAUGAAGAAGAAGAAGAUGAGGAGGGAAUAGAUGGGCGCAAAUUGGGCCCAAAGUAUGAUGAUGAAUCUAAGCGCCCCUAUUUUACAGUAGAAGAGGGGGAUCGAUGUGGCUACAGUGAAGAUAGAACUCUAGGGUUCCAGUAUGAGCCGGAGGAACUCCCCGAUAGUCUGGUGCCCCAGAAUGAUGGUUCCUUCAUCUCAAAGAAGGAGUGGUAUGUGUGAGAGGAACGUGCCAAAUAAACUGACAUAUGUGGCUGGACACGCACAUGCCGUGACCCAUGAGAUGGGGAAAGACCUAAGGCUGUUGGAAGUAAUGGUCACAUGAUCGGAGCUUUGUCUUGUCUCUUGAUAUAUAAAUAUAAAGUUUUUUUUUUUUUUAAUGCCUCACAACUGCAGGGUCAUUGUGACCUAGGAAAUGCUGAUACCCGGUACAUGUCUACAAUGCUGUCAUAAUAUGCCGCAAUCCUUAUAGACAGGGUCACUGUGUUGACGUGUUCAUUCUCACAAGUUGACACAGUAACUUAGCAUGCUUUUCUUUACGUCACACACUAAGCCAUUGUGCAAAACGCACAAUAAGAUGACGCAAUCAUUAAUAAAGAAUGUAAAGAGCCAUUUAUCAAUAGGCCACUGACACUCAUACGCAGAGCAUACUACUGAACAGAAAGAUAUCCAAAUAUACAGACCACAUCAUAACAGUACGUAUACACUAUAAGUGGUGCACCAUAUACAAUUACUGAAUACAGCCUUAAAAAAACUAAAGAGGGGGAACAAAAACUCCAGUACCUAUCAAUUUCUAUCUCAUUAUAGACGAUACAUCCUUUUCUUUUUUUUCCAUUCCUUUCUCUCAAACACUGGAAUUAUUUUUGGGUACUUUGUAUUUUUUUUUUUGUUUGUUUCUUUUCUUUUUAUUUCUUUGUGUACUCUUGAGAAGUUUUAUUUCAAUCCGGGGACAAAAAAAAAAAAAAAAAAAACGAAGCUGCUACACCACUUCACAUUUGAACCUGCAUGUUACAGUGUGGGCAAAUGUACAUGGAACAGAUAGUUUCACCAAGGACUGCGUUUUUUUGCGCAACAUGUUAUUUCUGUUUGGAUCACGAUGUGUUUUGACCGAGACUUAUGUACUAACUUACUGACAUGGAACUUUGCCAUUGCUCCGGGCCUCCAAGCUUCCUUCCAAAUAAUAUGGCACUUAUAAAGUGACAGACGUCACCGUAUGCAGGAUCCCACCAACAGCUGUUCUGUGAUUCAGAGGAAAAAAAUAAAUAAAUAAAUAAAUAUAUAUAUAUAUAUAUAUAUAUCACUGUUUGAAAGAAAUCUGCAAAGGCGAACACAAUGGGAUCAUAAUGCAGAGAAGGUAUUAUGGCGGUACUGUAAGAAAUGGAAACCUGAUGUGCGUAGGACUACAAAUUGCUUGACUUUAUUUUAAUUUUUAAGAUUUUUUUGUAUCCCAAAUUCUGAGAGAUUUUAACAUUUUUGGAAUCCAACGCCCUUUGUUUGUGUUAGGUUGUCAAUAUACAUAAACUGCUCACACAUUACAGGACAUCAUCAUGUAUUGUAUUGUGCAUAUCAUUUUAGUUGCGCAGUUCCAGCGGACAUAGCAAUUGACUGAAUGAACAUUCCUGAGCACUUUAAAUAAUUUUUAAUUUAAGUAGUUACAUGACUGGGCAGCUGAUUCAACAUUCUAUAUAAGAAUAGUCUGUUUUGGGCCAAUGUUCCACUGUGUACAGUAUUUUUGUUUGUACUUCACAUAUCUGUGUGGGCAUCUAUAUUCAUUCAUUUACCUUGCGUAUUGUACACUAUGGAAAAUAUUCAUGAUUCCAGCCUUCGUUUAUUCGUACGAUUAUGCAUACAUGUGUCUGUACACCAGCGGCUACACAGAGGCCAGAUUCUGGAUAGAGGUGGUUAUACUAGCCUUUAUACACACGCUCCUUGGGAAAUGCAGAGGGGUGUCUAAAAAUGUACGGUGGACUUGUCAGGGUGAUACCAUUUCACAGUCUACAGCCAUAUAUACCCCGCCCACAAUUCAAAAUGGCAUGAAUUGUGUCAUUUCUCAUUGGUGGGUAUGUUGUGGUAGCAUGGUACCCUACACCACUAUGUAGUGAUGCCUUUUGUAUCCAUCUCGUAGCAGUGUGUGCACAGUGGUGGGGCAAAUUCCACCAUCAUGACCUCAGCCCAGUCUAUGUCUGCCGCAGUUAGGGAGAAUUACAAACUUUCUGUGGAGUUUUGGAGUACUACCUGAAAUCCGGGAGCCACCCAGUAAUCCGUGAGAGUCGCCAUGUAUAGCUUUUGAAACUUGAGUAAGAUUGUCAUUAGAAUCUGGCCUGUGGACCCUUAAUUGGAAAUGGUCUUUGGGUGGAACUUUGUUCAAGUAGUUUUUAAGAGCCUUUGAAGACACUUUUUGACAUUUAUGAAAGCCUGUGUAUCACUGCGCUACAUAUUGUAUCUGAAAUAAUGCAUGUGGUUAUGCAUAGGUAAAUUUGCCCAGCAUGCAUCCUUUGGUCUUCAGAUAAAGCAGAUACAGGUUGAGUAUCCCACAUCCAAAUGUUCUGAAAUACAGAAUUUUUUUAGUAAGACUGAGAUAGUGAAACCUUUUGUUUUCUGAUGGCUCAUUGUACACAAAUUUUGUUUAAUACACAAAGUUAUUAAACAUAUUGUAUUAAAUGACCUUCAAGCUGUGUGUAUAAGGUGUAUAUGAAUCAUAAAUGCAUUCUGUGCUUAGACUUGGGUCCUAUUGCCAUGAUAUCUCAUUAUGGUAUGCAAUUAUUCCAAAAUACGGAAAAAUCCCAUAUCCAAAAUACUUCUGGUCCCAAGCAUUUUGGAUAAGGGAUACUCAACCUGUAUUGCAUUGGAUGAUGAUGCUACUUUAGCUUUUAACAAUGUGAUGCCAAAGAUUGCAGGUGUGGCAGCCAUUACACAAUCCUAUGUAAUAACUCAAUUUUAUUGGAUUUGUACCAGGUGCAGUAAAGUGAUGUCACAGUAACAAUAACUGACAUACUGUGGAGAGAGAUUAGGUACCAACCAAUCAGAUCCUAACUAUCAUUUUUCAAACACAGCCUGUAACAUGGUAGUUCGGAGCUGAUUGGCUGGUACUUUAUCUCGCUCUACUUUAUCUCCCACCCCCAUGCUUUAUGUUACAGUUCCGUGUUUUUGUUCUCAUUCGGAAGUGCCUGAAAGAAGUGGAAAGUGGCUUCAGCUGUUUGUAAUUAAAGAUAGGAUAGCAUUUUAAACCAAACUGCAGUGUAGAUAAUGGUAAGAAUGAACAAUACAUUUUACACCCAUAAUUCAUGUAUUUAAUCUGAAAUUGAGGUAUGUAGUUGUCUCUUGAAGCUGGAUAAUUGGGGGUGAUGAUAAAAUACCUCACCCACUGCUCCCCUCAGUUGAGCCCCAGAGAAAAUGCAGCUGCAACCAAGAGCUGGGGCUAUGACGCUGUAUCCUUGCGGUGUCCUGUGAGAUAAUAAAUUUAAACAACUGUUCAACAGCAGCAUUAUAUCAGUCUGAAGGAUUAGAUUGUGACUUUAUGACUUUGUGCCCCUUAGCGGCAGAAUUAAUAAUAUAUUUGAAUAAAAAAUAUGAAACUGGUGAGAGAGAGAGACAGGUAUUUACAUUUUUGGCUUAGAAGUAUAAACUCUACCAACGUGGACUUUUCUAGCAGUAACUGUAGCCCCUAAGCAAGUGAGCAGGAAUAUGCGGAAGUACAAUACAUUUUAUGGUGUUGCAAUUCACCAUCUUUACCUUGGAGAAUGUUUGGUCUGAAACCAAAAUGCAGAUGUCUACAAAAUGAAAACCUCAUUUGAAAGCACUGCCUGCUGUCGUAUUACCACUGCCUUCUGUAUUAGCUGUGCGGCGGAAUAUCGGAGCUGGAAUGCGACCUCUCGCUUAGUCACACAAAGGAUAAACACACUGCAGAAUUAAGGGUCAUACACUGUGCAGGGUGAUGCAGGGUGAAUGAUCUGGUAUCUGUGCAGGGGCACUGUGCCAAAUCACCAGGAAAAUAUGCCACUGUGCCAUUUUCCAGGUAAUUUCUGCUGGUAUGGGACUCAGGGUCGACAGUGUCUAGGUCGACAGUAGAAAUAGGUAGACACGGUCAUUAGGUCGAAAUGAAAAAAGGUUGACGUGAGCUUUCUUCUUUUUUUUUUUUUUGGUGUCAUUAUCUUCGUAAAGUGACCGGGAACCCCAAUUAGUGCACCGUGGCCUCUUGCACGCGCUGCGCUCGGUACAGGUUACCGUUCACAAUCGUAGUCCAUAUGGAUCAUGAAGUAUGAAAAAGUUUUUAAAAAAUUGAAAAACGCAUGUCGACCUUUUUGCUUGUUCAUGCUGACCUAAUGGUCGUGUCGACCUAUUCACUGUCAACCUAAGUGGUGUCGACCCAGAGUCCGGAUACCAAUUUAUGCCGCUGUGCGGCACCAGCCUAUGCAGGACACCAGAGAUGCCGGAAGUGUAAGUAUAAUUAGUAGUAAAGUGCAGUGUGGGGGCCCCUGGACACAGGGGCAGUGUGCACGCAUGCCCUGCACCCAGUUUAUAUACACACCCGCUGCAUCCGGAGUGGUGGGACAGAGAGAGUAGGGCUGCUCUAAUAUAAGCUGAGUACAUUCAUUUUUACUGUGGAUUGGGAGAUUCUACGGUAUCAAAGAGGCUUUUGCCGUUUUAUUGAUGUCUAAUAGUGAUGCGUAUUUUGCAACUAAAACGUACGGUUGUAUAAGAGUGUGACGUAUGCCUUUGCAUAAUCUGGGUGCACAUGCUCCUGGUACCUACCUGCCUGUAUCUUGCAAUAUUGUAUUCCUCGGCACAUGGGUGUAAAUACUCUACUCGUUCUAUAGAUUUAUAAGUGUAAAUUGUGUACGUUUUCCAUCCAUCAGGUCAUGGGGGAAUUCAUUUAGACACAAUUGAUCGCUCUGCACAAGGAAAAGCUAUUCAAUUAAUUAGCCCUUUUCCCAUGGGUGGUUUUCCAGUGACUGGGUUUCCACGUAAAUUGCAGAAUCUAAUGGUUUUCCCCAUGCGUUAAAUGCAGAUUUUUACUACCUGAUGCUGCAAGAAAAAAUCCAGUCCCUGGAGGAUUAGCAUGAUUGAUUAGCUGUGGUGUAAACCAAGUGGGUAAUUGAAACCGCCCCCCCCCCCCCCCCCCCCAUAUGUGUUGCAUGAUCACAAACCAACGUAAUACAAAUAUAAUGACUACUAACACCACAUAACAUGCUCACAGAUACAUAUCACAUACUGUACGUAGAUAGGGUGGCACUCGAUAUCCCGGUUGUCGGGAUACCGUUGCUCAGCCGACUGGCGUCGGGAUCCUGACCACUAUUUUCCCUCCUGGGGUAUCCACGACACCCCUGGAGAGAGAAUAAAUAGCGCACGCCUCCAUGCCCGCAGCGAGCCUGCAAGGGGCUCUUCAGUGCUCACCCUGCUGAUGGCAUACCAGAGGUCGGGAUCCCAACAGCCGGGCAGGCGUAGUAGACCCACGUAGAUGAGUUGUCUGCUUUUGUAAACCUGUCUCUGCAAGUCUUGCCUCCCGUGGUGCAAAUGGUAUGCUAUCUUUCCUUCUUUACUUGUAGCUGGGAGCCAGAUAGCACAGCAUUUGCAAUAGUAACUGUUACCACAGGUAAACACAUGUAUUCCAGAUAAAGAAUUGUCCUCAAACAACUAGCCUCAAUACGCCAUGCAGCGGGAGUUGCCUGGCCGCAGUGAGCUGACAGGUCCCGUGCAGCUCCGCUAGCAUCAGGCAAUGUGAUGCGACUUGGACACACAACGGAACUUGGUUUGGAAAAAAGCUGCUGCACUGUGGCACUUCAUAUGCAGAUUCAGAGACUCAGCCAGACACAGAUAUACCAGUGUUGCUAUCAAAUGAAUCAUCACAGUCUAUUGGUGCAUCCUAGUUGCAUCACGUUGCAUCUAAGACGCAUUGGAUGAAUUGAGUCCUCCUGUAAUGUGUGCUGCCUUAACAUACACAGCAUAGUUCUGCUUCUGGAUUGACGUAAUGGGGGUUACAGACUUAGCAGUGAAGGCAGCAACUACUUUAAUAUAGAAACGUACCAACAACAGCACUUUUACAGUCCACCACACUAACCCAUUUCAGCAGGACAGUGCCUAUCUGAUGCGCAAUGGUACCGAACAGGAUGCAGCCACAAGCCCUUUUGGCAGUGUCCAAAUUUGGACAUUUCCAGUGUUGGGAAGCAGUAGAUAAUAUGUAUCUCUAUAUUAGAUCCUUGCAUAUUUUCUCUCCAUAGCCUCAAAACACUGUUUCUUUCUAUUACCUUUAUCAUGGCAAUUUUCCAUCUGUAAUCUGUGCACCGUCCUUGCAAACAGGUACAAUAGCACAAUAAUAGUAGCAGGAAGUCACAGAGCAGGCAUUUGUUCCGUACAUCUGCAUUUUUCUGCAUUCAGGGUUAGAAUGUCGACACCUGAAUGCUGACACAUGAUUUUAGGAUUAGGCUUGCGGUUAGAGUUCGAUGAAAAUGUCAUGUAAUAUCACACUGCAACAAGCCGACUGUCAACAUUCUAAAUGGCAACAUUCAGAUCGUGUCGAUAUUUUGAAUGUCGACGUAAUAUGCCAUACCCAAUGAAAAGCAUGAUAAACAGAGAUGCUUGAAUAUUUCCAGCUGGUUUGAUAUUCAGUGGCUGAAAGGUCACGUACGUGUUUGCGGAAAUGAUCGUCAAUAAAUCAUGAUUCCAAAUUUGUUGCUCGCAUUUGAGUUUCCCUAUUUGUGAUUUAGGUUCUGCAUUUAAAUUAAUGUUACAAUUUUCCCAGUUCACAUUCAUCAGAACAGUAAAAAUAUAUAUUAUUGUCCUUUGUUGAUGCUGGUACAAACGAGCAAAUUUUCCCAAAUGUAGAUUAUUAUUUUUAUUGUAAAUGAUUCUGGGGAAUUUUCAAAUUUUUGUGCCAAUUUGAAAAACUAGUUCAACUUUUUAAUGUUAAUUGAAAAAUUCAGCUCCCACUUCCUAUUCCACGAUAAAUUAUAAAUAUUAUUAGUUUUCUAGUAAAUCAAAUUUGGGGACUUGGAACAAGUUUGGAGAAAUCAGGCUUACAAUUAGAAACUAAAUUCCCGUUUACAGUAUAUAGACCUACUUAGAGGACCAUAAAAUUUAGAUAUUCUAAAAGACUUUAUACUUACACCAUCCAAGUACAUAUUUUAGUUUAGUACUGAUGACUGCUGUAUGAAUAUUUUGGUAAAACUAGGGCUUUAGGCUGUUUUAACAUGAUCAAUAGGUUCCUUGUGUAACUUUACUAUAUAUUAACCCUGAUUUAAGAUUUAUUGAUAUGCAGGCCUUUAAGACACAUUGGGGAAGAUGUAUUAACCUGGAGAAGGCAUAAGGAAGUGAUAAACCAGUGAUAUGUGCAAGGUGAUAAAGGCACCAGCCAAUCAGAUCCAAUAUGUAAAUUAACAGUUAGGAUUCACGAUGGGUAGCGAAGUGCACUUUGGGCCUAAUUCCAUUCCUGAUCGCUCUUCUGCGAAUUUGCAGAGGUCUGCAAUCAAAUAGUCGUCGCCCAGACAGUGAAUAACCGCCCCGUGCAAGUGUGCGUACGCCGUGCGAAAAGCUUUGCAAAUGCCGGUCAGCUGCAAAUCCAUUUGCAGCUCACUCACCAUGGAAUGAUUUUUGCACUCUGUGCAUAGCCCAGGACCUACCCCUACAGGACCUACCCCUACAGUGCGAUACAAACAGGCUGAUCGGGGCGGAGCUGACGUCGCCACCCCCCCUCCCCCCCAAAAAAAAACAAACAAAAACAUUUAGUAACGCCUGUGUUUUUCAUGACACUCCCAGAAAACUGGCAGUUACCACCCCCAAACGCCCACUUCCUGUCAAUCAACCUGCGUUCGCCUAGCGAUCAAGAAAGACGCAGGAUUUUCAUUAUGAUCCAUAUGCAAGCGCAGUCGUUCGCUAAUCGGCCUCUGUGUGAUUUCGCACAACAGUGAACAGGUCUGAAUUAGGCCCUUUUUCCUAAAUAUUGCAUCUUAGUUUCAUCGUAACCACAUACAAAUUGGACCCACAAUGAAUGAGGGAUACUAGGUUACUAAUUUACUGUAUGUUACAAAGGAAUUGGAAUAAUAUGUGCAGAAAGCCACAGAUUAAGCAGAAAGUGACAGGAAGAACGGCAUCAGCAGCUCCUUUCGGAACCUACUUUAUACAGAGAUUGGCAACUUUGUCGCACAUAGAAGUAUAAGUGUUGACAGCCCCAGUGAUCAGUGUACACUGACAAUGUAUUUUUGUCUCUUUAGUAGUGCAAAUCAGAUUGUAAAAAUGACAAAAGUCAUAUCUAUAUCACACUAAGUAGGAGAUGUACUAAGCUUUGGAGAGGAUAAAGUAGAGAGGGGUAAAGUAGCAGCCAAUCAGCUCCCAACUGCCAUGUUACAGGCUGUGUUUGAAAAUGACAUUUGGGUGCUAAUUAUCAGUCUCCAAGGCUUAGUACAUCUGAACCUCGGAACUGUAAGCAUGCUAGAUUGCCCAAAUAGUUGAAAUUUGUUCGGUUACUUUUAAGUUUGUAAAUUGAAUGUUGGUUUAUAAGUAAAAUAAUUCAUGUUAAAGUAAUCUAAUAAUUUCACUGAACACCAUAUAUAAAGCUGAAAUAGGUUACACAGUGUUUCUGCAAUUUGUUGUUCGCAAAAUAAUCGAUAAAAAAGGUAAAAAUUGUAUUUUAGGGAAAAUAAGGAGAAAAGAUCAUUGUUUCCCAACUUUGCUCCCCACAUGCUGCUAACUCCAUAUAGGAAACCACUAUAAUCAGCAGAGCUACCUGACAUAUCGAUUAAUGACUCUUUGGAUCAGCGGUCUUUGUAGUUGUUUAGCGACUUGCUUAUAAAUGGAAAGCAUAGGUUUACAUCCUCCCAAUGGUAAUGUUAUUCUGCAGAGAGCGACAAUAUUAUGCUGCCUUCCAGAUAGUGUUUCACUUGCAGCUCAUGAACAGGCUCUUUCUAUAAAAGGUUUUCUCUACUUCAAAUUUUCCAUCUUAAUGAAAAAAAAUAAAAAUUGAGCAAACAUUAUAUGUUACCAAUUAGUUGGUUAAUAAGAUAUGAGCCCUUGAUUUCUUCAAGUAUGGAUAAGGAUAAAUAA